AUGGACGACGAAAUUCAAACUUGGUGGGAGAUCCCCAGUAUUGUACAUUUUUGUAAAAUUUUCACACUUAUCACUAAAGAUAUCAGUCGAAUAGACAUAAAUGAAUUUGAGAAUGCAGUUGAAGAGAAUUCAUAUUUGUUGACUGAUAUGGCUAUCCGAUUUACCCAAAUUUGUGUUUCUUAUGAUCCAAACACAAAUGAAUGGUGGAAUAUUAUGAAAGAACUUUUUCGGAGUAAAUGCAUUAUUUACAACUUUAAAUAUUCACUAGAAUCAGCUACAUAUUUUGAUGAUUUAACACGUAAACAAAAAGUUGAAGCUCUUUACAUCUUUUGUAAUUUUAUUCUUGAUGUGAAGGAUAUUCAAAAUAAACUCUCCAAUAGGUCUAAAAUAUGCCACAUGUUAAACGUAACACCACUAGGUUAUGACCUAAAUAAAUCAGUUUAUUGGUAUUUUGGAACCAAUAAAUUAUAUAGAGAAGACUUUGAGAACUCGUCCAAUUCAUCUACGAAUUUACCAGUAGAGUAUUAUUUAAAUGGAAAAAUUCAAUAUGCACCUUAUCCGUCAGGAGUUUUUGGCUCAGGAAAAUGGAAUACAAUAUGCAAUAACAUUGACGAUUGGUAUUCAUUAGCUGAUAUUACCAAAUACAGUAAAAAUAUAAUUAUCAGAUAUUUACAUAAAGCAAUAUCUAAUAUUAUAAUAAAUCUUCCUAAAAUAAAGAAAAACAAAUCCUAUUAUGCAUAUCUAAAACCUUUAAAAAGUAUUUGUCAAAGAAGUCUUCGAUCUAUGGAUGUUAUGAAUGCUGAAUGUAAAAAUUUGAUUACAAAUUCUAGUGUUAUUCAGCGCAAACAAUACUCACAAAAUGUUAAGAAAAACCAAACCAAACAUGGAUAUGAUUCAACAGUUUCUCAAAUAAAUGAAACAUCUAAUCCAAACGUACAUGGCCAUAACCAAAAUAUUUCAUACUCUACAAAUGCGUUUAACAAUGAUUUUCAAAUAGAAACAUUAAACAAUAAACCAGCAUUAAAAUUACAGUUGAGAAGUGGCAAUAAAAAUGUGCUAGAUAAAUGGGCAAAAAAAAAUAUAGUGUUUGAUAAGGUACUUUGUAUAAAUCUUGAACGCUGUGAUCAAGAAAAUACUCACAAUUAA